AACACGCAUACUGCGGAUCCCACCAUGAAGUUUGUCGUUCUCGCCGCCGUGCUGGCCGUGGUCGCCGCCCGUCCCCAGGACGCCCCGGAGGUGGCCAUCGUCCGCAUGGACAGCACCCAGGGCGAGGACGGCUCGUUCCAGUAUGCCUACGAGACGAGCGAUGGCACGAACGCCGAGGUCACCGGCGAGUCGAAGCAGAUCGGCGAAGAGGUCGGCACUGUGAUGCGUGGCUCCUACAGCUUCGUCGGUGACGACGGCGUCACCUACACCGUCAACUGGGUGGCCGACGAGAACGGCUUCCAGCCUCAGGGCGAGCACCUGCCGGUGGCUCCGACUGCCUAGAUCACCUCUUGACCUGUGUGAAACAAUGACCAGCAGAAUGAAGCAAUGAACUUUUGUGCUUGUUUGUGUUACGGUUCCUGCGUAAGUAUGCGGUUUGGUGUAAAAUGGAUCAUACCCAUACUUUCAUUUCCCUCGUGUUUGUAAACGAUUCUGGCGGUCUACGUUUCCGUUCCUUGCAACAUCAUUGUAAAUACACAAGCUUGAGAAAGAGAUAA